AUGCAAGGACUUGGCCAACGGGACAAGUGGUACGAAACGAGCAAGGGUUUAAAUGGGGAGCGGGAAUCCGAUAGCGAAGCGAACAGUGCAGCCCCGGGGCUUAUCAGAGGAGAUUAA